AUGCACUCAGUUUUUCGAAUUGGUGCAUUUAAACAACUAGAAAAUCGCCUAUGGCAGGUAGAACUGACAUUGACGGCAGAAACCGAUCCACAACUUAGUAUUCUUACUAAACGUAUGCGAGAGGAAGUGGCUGGAUCUACAGGAUGGCAUCGACUCGGUAAAUUACUGAUUAGAACCGGAAAUUUUGACAAAGCUGAAGAAGUUUAUCGAAUGCUACUCAACGCGACAACGAUUGAUAAUUACAAAGAACUUUCAUUUCUUUAUAAUCAACUUGGCUCGAUUAAAGUCAGCAAAGCAGAAUAUGACGAUGCAAUACAGUACCAUGAAAAGUCACUCACAUUGAGGAAAGAAUAUAUUCCUUUGAAUCAUCCUGAUUGGGGCACUAGCUACAACAGUAUUGGUUUAAUGUACAGUAGCAUGGGAGAGUACACAAAGGCGCUUUCAUGUCAUGAAAAAGCGCUUGAAAUCCGACUAAAAUCUCUCGUUCCACAUCAUCUUGACUUGGCUGAAAGUUAUAAUAAUAUCGGUGAGGUUUAUCAUUACACGAAGCAAUAUCCAGAAGCCAUUUUAUCUUAUGAAAAAGCGCUUGAAAUUCGGCAAAAAUCUCUUCCUUCAAAUCAUCCCGAUCUGGCUGAGAGCUAUAACAAUAUUGCUGAAGGAUAUUCGCAAAUGAAGCAAUAUUCACAAGCACUUUCAUUUCAUGAUAAAUCACUUGAAGUUUUACUUAAAUCUCUCCCUUCAAAUCAUCCACAUAUAGCCAUAAGCUAUGAUAAUAUCGGUAUCGUAUAUGCCAAGAUGGAAGAAUUUCCAAAAGCAAUUUCAUACCACAGGCAAGCACUUGACAUCUUCAGUGAAAUACUUCCUGAAAACCAUCCCGAUAUCGCAAUGACACAUAAUAAUAUAGCUAAAGUUUAUAACUCUAUUCAAGAGUACAGCACAGCAUUGCAACAUGCUAAACUAGCUGUUGAAAUUAUUCAAGAAAAAUUAGCUGAUAAUCAUUCACGCAUUAUAGAAUAUCAAAACCUAGUUGAAGAAAUACGAAAAAAAUUGUAA